CAUUUCACAGGUACUAAGCUCCAUCAACAAACUCAAAAAUCUAUCAGCUGCUGCAAGCCAGUUCUCAUGGCUGCCAUUUGGAAGUUCAAUGAAUAUGUUGAACAACUGGAACAACUGGCAAACAAGAAUAAAAUCAAGUUUCCUUUGCCAUGCCAACUGUCCACUGAGUUAAUGCAUCUCAAGAACAGUGACAACCUACUACAAGAUGUCUGGAUC